AUGCUUGGCAAGUCAUACAACAGAGGUAUUCGUGCCCACAAGUUAACCAUGGAGGCGCUCUUCAGGUUGUUGUGGAAAGCCUUCCUAGACUGGCUGUCAAGACAAGCAGUUGGUAUGGAUGACCGAGUAAGACAAAGUGUUGCUGACCAAAGAAGGGAGUGUCGGAAUACAGCGAGACAGGAUUGCUUCGUUAACGAUGCCUGGAAAGCAUUUCAAGGUUGUGUCAAUCCUCUCAUGACACUGUUUGAGCAGUUGAAAUCUGAAGGCAGAGAAAAGUCCAAAGUUUUUAGUUUCUGGGAAGGAUACAUUAAUAUAGUGCUGCUGCUUCUGCAGUUCGUUAAAGCUGAACGAACCGGAAACUGGAAACUCCACCUCUCCGCCACAACUGAAAUGGUUCCCCAUUUUUUCUCUAUGGACAGGGUCAACUAUUCCAGAUGGCUUCCAGUCUAUCUCUCUGACAUGCACAUGUUGCAGUUAACUCACCCCGCAGUUCACCAAGAGUUCAUUACUUGAAACCACAGUGUAAGCCGCUCUAACCAACCGUUUGGGCAAGUUUGGCCGGAUAUGGCCCUGGAACAAUCAAUUAACCUUGAUACAAAGACAAAGAGGGGCAUAGUUGGAAUGAGUACGAACGAAGAUGCUGUAGACCGAUGGUUCUUAACCAUUCACGAGCGAGCAGCCAUGACACAUGCACUAAAGGAGAUGUGUGGUCUAGAAAACUGCGACUGCAUUGGGACACACAAGGAGGCUGAAGCCACAAGAGUGAGCAGAGAUGAGAGAGAUGUACAGAAGUUGUUUGAAACCUUCAAGAGUGAUCUCCUCAGUGACCCUUUUCAGAUUCCAGAAGAAAUAUCAGAGGAGGAAAUACCCUUAACCUUAAGUAGGCGUAGAUGGAAGCAUUCUUCUCAACGCAGAAGAGUUAGGCAGAAAAAGCAUGGAAACAUUUCUUUCAUCGCGAAUCCAGAGAAAUGA